CUACGCGCAAUAUCACGGUUUACUAUCAAACAGGUCCAAACAGGUCGGAGUUAGCGGUAUUUUUUUAUAAUUGAUCGGUGAACUUCUUUUGUGAAACUCGUACAAAAUAUGCCAGAAAACGUGUUAAACGGAGAUCACGUUGACGCGAAAAGCGCUAACUGUGAAACACAAGACAACGAAGAAGAGACUAAUGAAAAUGAUAUACAUUUUGAGCCAAUUAUUUCCUUACCAUUAAUAGAAGUAUCUAACAAUGAAGAGGACGAAGUUGAAAUGAUAAGGAUGAGAGCAAAAUUGUACCGUUAUGAUUCAUCCAAUAACCCUGCCGAAUGGAAAGAGCGUGGUACAGGGGAAGUGAAAUUGCUAAGACACAAAAUAAAAAAUACAGUGAGAGUUGUAAUGCGUAGAGACAAGACGUUUAAAAUUUGUGCUAAUCAUUUUGUAACUCCUUGGAUGGAAUUAAAGCCAAAUUGUGGCAGCGACAGAGCAUGGGUAUGGAGCGUACUCGCAGAUUAUGCAGACGAACAACUUAAACCAGAGUUGCUCGCUAUACGAUUUGCAAACGCUGAGAAUGCAUCACUUUGGAAAGAAGCGUUUGAAAAAGCAAAGAAGAUAGUAGGUUCCGAAUGUGAAAUAUAUGCUGGAAAAAAUAACAUGUCCGAGAAACACAUAGAGAGUGAUAGUGAACCUUCUAGUGAUGUAAGUUAUAGUGAAAGUACAGACAACGAAGAACAAGCAAAAAAACAAGUGGGAGGAGAAAGUAUAAAAAUUGAAAAUAACGAAACUGAUAAAGUGGACGAAUCUAUAAAACAAAUAAAAGACGAAGAAAGUAUGGACAAGGUAUCCAAGGAGCUCGAACAAUUACAAGUUAAGGACAUUGAGGAGAAAAAGUAAAGGAUUGUAUGUUGGUAAAACAAAGGUGUUACUUAUAAAUGCACAUUCCGACGUAAACAUACACGCAUGCAUAUGCUUAAGUAUUUGAGCAUCGAACGUAACGUAGGAAAUUUUUUAGCAAUAACGUUAAUAGACAGACGAAAUAAACUUUCAAUUUAUAAAUAAGACAAUAUUUAUACGAACGUUGUACGUUAUCUGUGAUUUUUUAAUGAAGGAUGUUUUAGCAUUUAUACUACAAAAAAAAAAAAAAUAUAAUGGAAGAGAACAGAAAUCUUAAAUUCAACGAAAUUAAGAAUUUAAUAAAUAAAACGGCUAUCUAAUUUCGAACGUACGAGAAUUUAUUUGACAAGGAAUAUUAAUAGAUUUCCUUUAAAUAAAUUUUCUUAUAAAU